AAAAACAUGGAUGAUCUUCAAAUCCACAAUAACCCCACUCACAAACCAUUAAUAAACAGAGUCACACACAAGAACACCAAGUUCGUCGGCGUGAGGCAAAGACCCUCCGGCAAAUGGGUUGCCGAAAUCAAGAACACCACUCAGAAGAUCCGCAUGUGGCUCGGUACUUUCGACACCGCUGAGGAGGCUGCUCAUGCCUACGACGAAGCCGCCUGCCUCCUUCGCGGCUCGUCCCGACGCACCAACUUCUCCAACGGUGCUGCCCCAUGCAAUCCCGCUCUCUCCUUGAAAAUCCGCAACCUCCUCCACCAAAAGAGAACCCUUAACAACAUUAAUAAGCCCACCCCCCCUAAUCCUAAUCCUAAUCCUAAUCCUAAUCCUAAUCCUAAUAAUCAAGAAACCAUUAUUGCCAAGAGUGUUGUUUCUCCACCUAUUAGUUCCACUAGUUCCCAAUGUAGCAAUGUGGUGGAGGCCGGAUAUCCCGUUUUCGCUCCGUACAAGCCGGAUUUGAGUUGUUUCGUGGGAGGGUACGAAGUGGGGUCCACUCACUUGGAUCAUUAUUAUUGUGAUCAACCUUCUGCUUAUUAUAAUCAGGUUGAUUUUGAGAAGAUGGCUAUUCAAGAAGAUGGCUUUUUUGACGCGAAAAGAGAAGUUGAGGUCCAAAACGAAACGGGAUUUACGGAUUUCGAAAGGAUCAAAGUCGAAAGACAGAUAUCAGCAUCGCUCUAUGCAAUGAAUGGUGUGAGUGAGUAUUGGGACAAUAUCAACGAGUACUCCAAUGAUUCUUUUUGGGAUAUCACAACUUUGUGCCAUAUGUUCUGUCCGAUUUAAAACUGUUGUUUUAACUUUUCGAGCGGAUCUUAUAUCUAUCUUCGCCAAAAUCGUAUUCGGGAACAAGUGAUUCUCGUCUUCUUUUUUUCUUAAAAAAAAUGGUUAGAUAAUUCAUGAGAAAGUACUAUUAGGGGAUGAUCCAAUGUGCACUCAUCAUUAAUUUAGAUUUGUUUAUUGGACACAAUUGAGAUCGAAAACAGGACCUUCUGCUUGGAUUUUGGCCAGCUUAUUGAAAGAUGAAGUUAAACUAGAAAGCAUAUUCAUAAUUAUAUAUGUUUUUUUUUCUUGCUUAUAUCAAUGUGAACAAACCUAGUACAAUCAAUACAUUGUUCGUGUACUAUGUUCAACACGUACAUUUGUGAUCUGAAUGGUGAUCUGGAAACUAGUAGAAAUAAGUAAGAUGAUUACGGACUCGUGUGUUUGUAUUAUCAUGUAUGUCAAAUUUGUACGUUUUGUUUUGGCAGUUUCCGGAAUUUCUUGUACGGACUGUG